UUUUUAGGAAUGGUCCUUUGAUUCCUUCCUGCCGGUCAUAGCUCGUCAGAAGGGAAUGUCUGACGAGGCUGUGGGCAUGAUCUGGACGGCCCUGCCCUUCCUCAGCUUGUUGGCCAAGACGUCAGCAGGAGCGAUGGCUGACUACCUGAGAGCUCACCGCGCCAUCUUCCUGUCAGCCGUCGUGGUCAUGGGAGGGGCGCUGACGGGGAUCUACUGGUGUCCUGACGUCGGGAAGGACUCCACGGCUGACUUCGCUCCUGAAGGACUCUCUGUCAGCAACUCCUCGAGGGUCGAAGGAGGACUGGCUGAAGGAGGAGAAAAAUCACUGGUGGAUAGAUACGAAUUCUGGCUGUUGUCCAUUUUGCUGUUGCUCCAAUUCUGCGGCUACAUGGUGGUGCUGGACAUGGAGGAGACGGUCUGCUUCCAGAUGCUGGGAGACAAGGCCCACAAGUACGGACUGCAAAGGCUCUGGGGAACUGUGAGCUACGGCGUGACUGCUGUGAUCGGGGGGGCGCUGGUCGACUGGUAUUCGCAGGGAUACGACCAGAAGGACUACCUGCCCGUGCACGUGAUGGUGGUCGUCGCGCUGGUCCUGGACGUGGUGGUCGUCACUCGGCUGAAAUUCACCGUCCCCGACAAGAAAAUUUCGUCAACCGAUGUCCAUGCGGUCUUCAAGCAGCCUUCUGUUCUGUUGAUUUUGAUGACGACCGUGGUGCUGGGGACCUGCGGGGGCAUGGUCAGCGCCUUCUACCUCCUGCUGGUGGAGGACACGGCGGCGCUGUGGAGUCCCUCCUUCGCCUACCUCAAGCUCCUUCAGGGCCUCCUGCUGGGGGUUCAGUGCCUGGCGUCCGAAGUGCCCUGCUUGUUCCUAGCUGGCAAAAUCAUCAAGAAACUGGGCUACGCCGCCUCCUUCUCGCUGGCCCUCCUCGGCUUCUGCCUGCGCCUGUGCCUCUACUCCUGCGUCUCGAAUCCCUGGUGGUUCCUGCCGAUCGAGCUCCUCCACGGGGUGUCCUUCGCCCUGGCCCUCGCCUCCGUCACCUGCUUCGCCAACAGCGUCACUCCCGCGGGCGCUGAGGCCACCAUGCAGGCCGUCUUCGGGAGCGCCUUCCACUGCGCUAGCGGAUUGGGAGGCCUUGUGGGUAGCUGGCUGUUCCACGUGACGAACGGCUGGUGGAGGGCCUUUUUCGCAAUGGGAUCAGCUGUUGGUGUUUACGCUGUUCUGUUUACGAUUAUCCACGUGGUUCUGACUCGAGUUGGCUGUGGCAAACCAGCUGUUCAGAAAGAGAAAGGCGGAGAUGGCAGCGAAACCCCCACGGGCUGUUGCGAAUGCUGAAGGGAAGAGCAACAAGAGCAACAACAAAUACAAAAUACAUGAUUUUUUGUUAUUUGCUGAGCGCUUCGAGUCAUUGUGAAGUUUUUAAUGUUGUGUUUAUGUUUUGUAAAUAUUGAGAGAUAAUGUGGAAAGUUCAGCCUGAGAUAGAUGAAUGCUUAGGGAUGAGAGAGAGUAUGUAAAUGGAAAUAUAAAGAAAG